GUUUACUCCUCUCAGCUCUCAGCGGUGUGAGGCGUAUCUCUUAAAUCGGAAUAAAAGUGAAAAUUACCACAGGGGAGAACAACGGAAGAACAAUGGUUUUUAAAUGCCAAGAGGACAGUUUCUUAAAAAAGUUCGGCAGUAUAGUGAAGUCGUGCAAACCGGCUGAGGUACUGAUUGAUGGCAAAACAAACAAGUGUUUUGAGGUUGUCCUUGAGGACACGAUUAUCUUUCCUGAGGGUGGUGGCCAGCCAAGCGACAUUGGCUAUAUCGACCAGCGGAAGGUGCUGAAAAUGGUGAGGAAGGGAGCUGACGCUGUCCACUUCAUUGAUGAGCCGAUGGAAGAGGGCAAAAACGUUUCUCUUGAAAUUGAUUGGGACAUCAGAUUCGAUCACAUGCAGCAGCACUCAGCUCAACACUUGAUUUCGGCCAAACUGCAGCAGAUGUAUAAAUUUCCCACCACCUCUUGGUCCCUGAACAAAGACGACACCAUGGUUGAGUUUGACAUCACUUCCAUCCCUAAAAUUGAUUUGAAUACCCUGAUGUUGCAAUUGGAAUUAGCUGUAAACGAGAAAAUAAAAAACAACGAACCCGUCAAAGUCAAGCUUUUUGAACCAGGCGAUCCAGGCCUUGAAAAGGCUGUGACUCGCGGUCUUCCAGCUGAUCACACUGGACCAAUCCGAGUUGUUGCCAUGGUGGGUGACGAGAACAUGUGCUGCGGAACUCACGUUGACACCUUAGGCCAGCUACAAAUGAUCAAAAUAGUUUCAAUUGCUCCAGUGAAGAAGAAGGUGCAGUUGAGAUUUGUGGCUGGUGAUCGAGUUUUGAAAGACUUCAAUGUGCGCCUUGCCAGAGAGCGCAAUUUAUCCAAAUUGCUACAAAAUGGAGCCAAUGACCACGAGACUGUUGUUUUCAACUUGCUCAAAUCCAGUAAAACUCUUGAAAAGAACUUGAAGGACUGUUCUUUGGAAGUGGCUGCCCUGAUGGCUGAGGAUGUAAAAAGACAGGAUCCACCUCCAAAAUUUGUCUGUGUUCACAGGAAAGAAGACGCGGUUGGUUUCGCGCGCGUCUUUUUGUCCGGCGUGGGCGCAGAUAUUGUCAAACUGCUCACUUGGGGAGACGAAAAAGGCGCUGGUCAGAUGAUUUUUGAAGGUCCAGAGGAGGUGGUCAAGGAACUUGGAUCAAAGAUUUGCGAAAUUCUUGGUGGCAAAGGCGCUGCUCGAGGGACCCGGUUUCAAGGAGCUGUCAGCAUGUUGAAGAACAAAGACAAAGCGAUUCAGCUGCUGAAUGAACAUUUCGAGCUUGUACAGAAAUAAAACAAAAAUAAACAGUUGAACCCCAUAAA